AUGGCAUGCACCCUGCCAGGGGGACUAUGUCCCAAUCGCUUAGGAGGACAAGUGGGGUGGGCGGAACGUUGGCUCCCUACUGCUGGGAUCGCAGCCAUGCUCCUCUGUGGAGGAGGGGGCAGGGGAGGAGAAGAGAUCACAGGAGGGAGCAGGGCUGGAGAAGGCUGGUGCUGCUGAAUAGGCUCAUGCAGAAGCGCACGCAACCAGCCAUCUCCCUCCACUUCAAAACGCGCCAGAGGAGCAGCCAUCAGAGGGUCUCCUGCGGACAUCUUGAGCCAGGAAUGUUGCCUGAUUUAAAGGAUAUUUCCUGACAGAGCAGCCUAUCCCCUGGAGGAGCAAUAAGACAGAUACUUGUGCUGAGGACAAGAAACUCAAGAACAGCUCAUUCACUGCUCUCCUCCUCGCUGCUCAGGAAGAAAGAUGGAGACUGCAAUGCGGAGCCUUCUGUCAGAUAACAGCAGAUACCUCGAGUCCUUCCACUUCUUCCUUAAGAAUUCCACUGAGCACCAGUGCAUGCAGCAGUUUAUAGAGACCAGGCUGCCGGACGUCAUUUCCAGUAUAGGGGAUGGAAAGACGACCAUCAAUGUCCUUGGAGUAGGAAGUGGAUCAGGUGAAAUAGACCUAAAAAUCUUCUCCAAAAUACAAGCUCGAUAUCCUGGAGUCCCCAUCCAUACUGACAUUGUUGAGCCAAGCCCAGAGCAGAUCCUCAGCUACAAGGAGCGCGUGGCCAAGACCCCGGGACUUGAAAAUGUUCAUUUUAACUGGAUCAACAAAACAUCUUUUGACUUUGAGCUUCAAGUGAAGGAAGAGAAGUCAGAAAGAAAGUAUGAUUUCAUCCAUAUGAUACAGAUGCUGUACUACGUAGAAGAUUUGCCAGCAACACUGACCUUCUUCAAGAGCCUAUUGACACCAAAUGGAAAACUCCUUAUAAUACUUGGAUCUGGAAACAGCGGAUUUUCAAUUUUAUGGAAGAAGUACGGACCCCGUUUGCCCCGAAACGACCACUGCCUGUACAUCUCAGCGGACGAUAUUGCAGACAUGCUGAAAUCAGAGGGCACAAAGUAUCAGAGCUAUGAGCUGCCAUCUUACAGGAACAUCACGGAAUGCUUCAUCGAUGGGAACAGGAACGGGGACUUGAUGUUGGAUUUUCUCACGGAGACUUAUGAUUUUAACAAAAAUGCCUCUCCCGAGCUGAGAGAGGAAAUAAUUCAAGAUCUCAAGUGCCCAAAGUACAGCUCUGUUAAAGAGGGAAAGAUCAUUUUAAAUAGUAAUCUUAGCGCUAUAGUGGUGGGGAGUGGAUAAAUAUGAGGAACAUCGGGCGCGUCCAUGCAACUGGUCUCAGGGAUUGCAAAAAUUCUCUAAAUCUUGACUCCUUUUUGCUGUUUAAAAAGAUUGGGGGUCACCCUUUUUGCUAUUAUGGGGACUGUUAAUGUAGUGGAAUUCAGGAUCAAGGUGGGAAGGCUUGGGGCUUCUCUACACAUCCAUAAUCUAUGCUUUUUCCUCAUAUUUAGUUUUUUUUGGGUCAAGGGCAAAACCUACAAUCUCUCCCUCCCC